AUGGUGACCAAAUUCUACCAACAUGUCCUUGCCUUAGCAUUUGCUGUGAAAGAAAUCAAUGAGAAUCCCAACAUUUUGCACAAUGACACACUUGGCUUCCACAUCCAUGACAGCUAUUUUGAUGCAAGGAUGACCUACCGCACUACACUCGACCUCCUCUUCAAAAUGGGUAGAUUCAUCCCCAACUACAAAUGUGACACACAGAAAACCCUCAUAUCCAUCAUUGGGGGACUUGGCUCUGAUACUUCUUCACAUAUGGCAGACAUACUAGGUCUCUACAAGAUUCCACAGUUGCACCAUUUUCUUCCUAACAUUUCCUUUAACAACUCAGCUGGAGAAACAGUGUCCUUUACUAAUGAAGGAGAAAUGGGAGGUGGAUUUGACAUCAUGAACAUGGUCACGUUCCCAAACAAGUCUUUCCUUCGGGUGAAGGGGGUGCCCAUUUCUCUGUGCAAUGACUACUGCAGCCCAGGUAAUCAGAAGAAAAGGAAGGAAGGGCAGAAAUUUUGCUGCUAUGAUUGUACUCCAUGUCCAGAAGAAAAGAUUUCCAGCCAAAAUGAUAUGGAUGACUGUGUCAGAUGCCCAGCAGAACAGUAUCCAAACAAGAAGAAAAAUGGAUGCAUCCAAAAAAGAAUAAUCUUUCUUAUUUACAAGGAACCUUUAGGAAUUAGUUUGGCCUCCCUUGCUCUUUCUUUUUCAAUACUCACAACUUUGGUGAUAGGAACUUUUAUUAAAUACAAAGAUACUCCCAUUGUCAAAGCCAACAACAGGGAUCUCACCUACGCUCUCCUUAUAGCCCUCCUACUCUGCUUCCUCUCGUCAUUUCUGUUCAUCGGACACCCUGGGAAAGUGACCUGCCUUCUUCGCCAACCAACGUUUGGCAUUGUCUUCUCACUGGCUGUUUCAUGUGUGUUGGCAAAGACUGUCACUGUAGUUGUAGCUUUCAUGGCCACUAAGCCAGGGUCUAGCAUGAGGAAGUGGGUAGGGAAACGUCUGGCCUAUGCCAUUGUCCUUUCCUGCUCUCUUACUCAAGCAAGUAUUUGUACUGUGUGGUUGAUGACUUCACCCCCAUUCCCCCAACUAGACAUGGACUCAGUAGCAGAAGAAAUCAUUGUGCAGUGUAAUGAAGGCUCAGUGACCCUGUUUUAUUGUGUCCUGGGCUACAUGGGCCUCCUGGCCACUGCCAGCUUCAUUGUGGCAUUUGCAGCUCGCAGAUUACCUGACAGUUUUAAUGAAGCCAAGUUCAUUACCUUCAGCAUGCUGCUGUUUUGUAGUGUUUGGCUGUCUUUUGUCCCAACCUACCUGAGCACCAAAGGGAAAUCCAUGGUGGUGGUGGAGAUCUUCUCCAUCUUGUCCUCCAGUGCUGGAUUGUUGGGCUGCAUCUUUUUUCCUAAAUAUUACAUCAUUGUUCUGAGGCCUGAGCUGAACAAUAGGGAGCAAAUAAUGAGAAAGAAGUGA